UACACUGCAUUCGAUUUCGCGCCAUUAAAAAUGUCAUUCGUUUUGUUGUCAAAAAUCAAAACAUUAACUUCAUUUCUGGAAUGAUUUCGUUUUAAUUUGUGAAUGUGUUUUUAUUUAUGUUUAUUUUAAUUUUAAAGCAAUAUUAUUGUAAAUCAUGGCGGACUCUAUAGCGAAUUCCAGAUCUAAACGGCAGAAAGUGGAUAAACAUGGCCGUAUGUCGGCUUUCGAGAGGUUGAAACAACUAAAAGGGAAAGGAUCAAAACAUAAAUAUGACGUGGAUGAAAUGGAUAAUGUGUAUGAUACGGUGGACGAAUCUGAGUACAGUGAACGUGUGUUACAGAGGCAGGAAGAUGACUGGAUUGAAGAUGAUGGAACUGGCUAUGUGGAGGAUGGCAGAGAGAUAUUUGAUGAUGACGAGAUUGAUGACUCCUAUGUAGCAACAGAUAAAAAGGAAUCUGGUCGAGGGCAAAAGAGGAAAGCCAGAGUUGCACCACUGGGUCCCACUGGAAAAGGCAAUAUCAGGAACCUUUUAGGUUCCAUGCCAACCAAGAAGAAAGAGGAUGUAAAAAUAUCAGAGGAUAACAUUUUGUCAGACAUAAUGUCAGAUUUGGAUGGCAAUGCCCCCUCUUUGGUCAAGCCAAAGCCUGUGGUUCCUACAAAAGCCAAUAUUAUUGAAUCAAGCAAAAGAGAUGCUCAGAAUUACUUCAAAGGCCUUUCAUUGACAGUGAAAAAACCAACUCCAGUUGUAAAAGUUGAAGAAACUUCAGAAGAGCAUAAAAAUGCUUCUAUGGAGAAAAAUAAUGUAGAAAAGCAAUCCAAUGGUCAUACAGUAUUAAAAAAACCAGAAUGGAAAAUAGAUAAAGAAAUUAAAAGAGAACUUGAAGACUCUGCCACUCAGAACAUAGAAGAAUUUUCCACACAAGACAUAGAUUUUGGUGAUGACUUUAGCAAUGAUGCAGUUUUGUGUGAUAUUAAAGUAAAAGAAGAAACACCAAGUGUCUCCAAUACAAAGAAAGAACUUACUCCAAAUAUAUCUACACCUAAUACAAUAACAGAUGUCGCUGAAGAGUUUUUGAAUGAGGACUUUGACAUAUUUCCUGCAAAGAAUAUAAAGACUGAACUAAAACCAUUAACCAGUAACUGGGCAGAACAAAGUGAUAACCAAGUAGUGGCUACAGUCCAGACUGAUGGAGAGUUGCCAUUACAAAACAACAAAGAAGGAGAGAAGAUUUUAAAGUUCUACUGGUUGGACGCAUGGGAAGACAGAUAUGUGAAGCCUGGUGUAGUGUACUUGUUUGGUAAAGUGUAUGUGAAACCUUCCAACAAGAAGGCCGGCUGUGCAUCUUGCUGUUUGGUUGUCAAGAAUGUUAAUAGGCAACUGUUCCUGCUACCUAGAGAAUAUAAACUGGACCCAAUAACCCUAGAACCAACUGACCAAGAGGUGACAAUGAUGGACGUGUACCAGGAAUUCAAUACUGCAGUGGCCAGUGAGCUCGGGCUGAAGGAGUUCAAAUCGCGAAAGGUUACGAAGAACUACUGCUUCAACCUGCCCGACAUACCCGCUCAGUGUGAUUACUUGGAAGUCAGAUAUUCUGCUACAUUGCCUCCGCCGCCAACCAACAAAACCUACUUAACAUUCUCACACGCGUUUGGCGCGAACACUUCGUCCUUAGAAACAUUCCUACUAGAGAGAAAAAUCAAAGGCCCGUGUUGGCUGGAAGUGAAGCAAGUAGAGAAUGUUCUGGCCAAAGUGUCGUGGUGCAAGUUGGAGGCCGCCUGCGACAAAAUAGAGAACAUAAAUGUUAUCAGGAAUGAUAGUGAUUUGGAGCCACCUCCGAUAGUGAUUGCAGCUCUGAAUAUGAGGACAACCACAGAUCCUAAAACAAACAAGACAAAGAUAUUGAUGCUCAGUUGUCUGGCGCAUAACUCCUUCCCUAUACACAAGCCUCCGCCGAAUCCGCCUUUCAAUCAACAUUUUUGUGUGAUGACGAAAUGCAAUGAUAUUUGGCCACUCGACCUAAAACAACACUUACCUCAGUACAAAGCUACUAAAUUGACCAAAUGUGACACAGAACGAGAACUUCUAAACUACUUCAUGGUACAGUUCUGGAAGCUAGAUCCAGACUUAGUAGUUGGUCACGACUUACAAGGGUUCCUACAGGACUUGCUCAUAGGAAAUAUACUAGACUUACGCAUACCGAAUUGGUCAAGACUUGGUCGCCUAAAAAGAUCUGUGGCUCCUCAAAAAAAGUUUGCAGCAAGAGAUGCGUUUUUGGGCAGACUAGUUUGCGAUAUCAAAGUAUCCGCAAUGGAGCUUAUUAGGGCUAGAAGCUUCGAUCUUGAUACCUUGAGUGUAAAUGUUUUGAAGAUGAAAGAAGGCGAGCGGGUCGACGUUGCUCUUGAAGACAUACCGCGCUAUUACGAAAGCAGUAAUGACCUUUUACAACUUGUUACACUGAGCAUGCAAGACGCGUCGUAUAUACUCAAAAUCAUGUGCGAACUGAACGUAAUUCCUUUAGCUCUACAAAUUACUCAGAUCGCUGGAAACGUGAUGUCUCGAACAUUAAUGGGUGGUAGAUCAGAGAGAAAUGAGUUUCUACUCCUUCAUGCUUUCACUGAGAAACAGUAUAUUGUACCUGAUAAGGUCUAUGGAAAGAAAGCGACAGGCGAUGACGCGGAUGUGGAAGAUAAUGACGGAUCUAAUAAUGUCUCUAAAAAACAAGGAAAGAAGAAAGCAGCUUAUUCUGGAGGUCUCGUACUGGACCCCAAGAAAGGUUUCUACGAUAAGCUCAUUCUCCUCAUGGACUUCAAUUCCUUGUAUCCCAGUAUUAUCCAAGAGUAUAACAUUUGUUUUACGACCAUCAAGAGAAGGAAUGGCGCCGUAUCCGACGAUGACAUCAAUAAUCUGGUUUUGCCUAGUUCUAAUACAGAUUUUGGUGUUCUGCCGACGCAGAUCCGAAAGCUUGUGGAAAGUAGACGAGAAGUUAAAAAGUUAAUGAAGUCACCAGAUUUACCAUCAGAACAAUACAUGCAGUAUAACAUCAGGCAAAUGGCUCUAAAACUCACGGCCAAUUCAAUGUACGGUUGUUUAGGUUUCACACAUUCGAGGUUUUAUGCAAAACCACUAGCAGCGCUGGUGACGUUGAAAGGCAGAGAAAUUCUGAUGGACACAAAAGAAAUUGUUCAGAAAUUAAAUUACGAAGUCGUAUAUGGCGAUACAGACAGUUUGAUGAUAAAUACGAACUGUCUAGACUACGACUACGUGUUCAAGAUCGGGAAUGAUCUUAAAAGAGAGAUCAACAAAAAGUACAAACAAAUAGAAUUGGAUAUCGAUGGGGUUUUCAAAUAUCUGCUCCUUUUGAAGAAAAAGAAAUAUGCGGCUGUGGUGAUAAGCAGGAAUAAAAAUGGAGAGUUCGUUUUUAUUCAAGAACACAAGGGUUUGGAUAUAGUGAGACGUGACUGGUCGCAAUUAGCCGCUGAAUCGGGGAAAUUUAUUUUAAGCCAAAUUCUCUCUGAACAGUCAGCCGACGAAAGACUAGAAAGUAUUCAGAAUCAUUUGAGCAAACUGAAAGAAGAUUUAGUCAGCAGUAAAAUACCGCUAUCAUUAUUAACAAUUACAAAACAGCUUACUAAAAACCCCAACGAAUAUGCUGACAAAAGUGCCCAACCUCACGUCCAAGUAGCAUUAAGACUAAACAGCAAAAAUAGCAGGCGGUUCAAGAAAGGCGAUAUAGUGCCUUACAUAAUUUGCGAGGACGGAACAGCCAAUUCUGCAACACAAAGAGCUUAUCACGUCGAGGAGUUAAAGAAUUCCGAAAACCUCAAAGUUGAUUACAGAUACUAUUUAGCUCAUCAGCUACAUCCAGUUAUAUCUCGUAUCUGUGAGCCAAUCGAAGGCAUGGACCCCGCGCGUGUCGCCGACUGCCUGGGCUUAGACCCCUCUGGCUACCGUCAAAUGAUUAAAAAAGAAAACACUAAUACUGAUCAAUACGAAGUAGAAAACGAUCAGGAAAAAUACAGACACUGCAAAGACUUCACGUUCGUUUGCGUGAACGAAGGGUGUAAAAAAGAAAACAGAAUACGCGAGACUUUUGUGAAGUUGGACAAAGAGACUGUCUCGUUUUUAGAGCGAUGUCAGAAUGAAAAGUGUCCUGUGAAGCCAAUAGACUAUUUGGCGUGUAUACAAAACCAGUUAACUUUGCAAAUGCGUCAGUACCACAACCUUUACUACGCAGGCUGGAUAUCUUGCGAGGACCCUGCUUGUGGUUACCGCACGGUGCGUUUGCCGCAAACAUUUGCGGGUGGCUACCCACUUUGUAGACAAUGCGAGAAAGGGGUCAUGUUCAGAGAAUACACUGAGAAGGAUGUAUAUCUCCAAAUAAACUUCUUCCUAUUUUUAUUUGAUCUUAACAAAAAUAAUGCCUCAAAAACAAAAGUUGCCCUACAAGUAGUCGCUGCCUAUCAGGUUCUCAAAGAAAUGGUAGAGGAUGUUUUAGCACAUUCAGCGUACUCCAUAAUUAAUUUAUCUAAGUUAUUUAGAUUCUUUUCAUUGGAUAAAAAAAAUGGAGAAAAAGUUGAACCGGAGCCCAUUGAAAUAGAUAUUCUGCCAGAAAAUGAACACAUUGAUGCCUUGAUGGAGAUGGGACCAUAUUAAAAUUAUUUGUAAUUUGUAAAUAAGCUGUUGUUAAUUUGUAAUUGUAAAUAAUUAAAUAAAUAUUUAGUAUCAA